UUAUGACGGAGUUAGCUCCCAUGAUUAUAUGCAUUUGAUCAAUGAAUUCAAAUUCAAAUUUAACUCUAGCGUUUCAUUCAGUGUGAACGAUAGAAGCUUUCCUUUACAAGAGACGCUUACUGAGAUGGGUUUAUGCUACAGUUUCAACUCUGAGUUGGCAGCUUACAGUUCCUUGGAAUAUAUUCAAAGUGGAAAGCGUAGCUUGAUGCCUGGUAAUGAAAUAUUCAGCGUAAAUCCUUUGGAUGGAGAAGUUUAUGCCAAUUUGGUCAACAUAUCAAGUGGCUAUAAGGUACUACGUGAACCCAGUUGUGAUAAGCAUCGAUAAAGAUCACCUUUCCUGGAACGUCACCUUUCCCCCGAUCACCGUUUGCCCCUCCUCAAAAAUCAACACGACCAUGCUAGACGAAUUCGUCACUUACAGCACAAUCCAGAACAAGACACUACUCAAAGAGUUUCUCAUCAGAUUAGCCUACUCUGAUUUCACCAACUUCGAAACCAUUCCAUACUCCGAU